GUUUGUCUGAUCUCUUUGUCUUAUAAUGCCUAUGCAAAUUCUCGCAUGUACCAGGUCUUCUUUACCUAACUUGUCCGUCAUUUUCUUUCCGUGUUUGUUUUCAAAGCCAAAAGCUAACAAAUUGUAUUCCAGCCUCAUGUUGAAGGCGUUGUCCUUUUGAGUGCUGAUGACGUUAAGAUCAGUCCAGUGCUAUUAAUUUUGUCAUACUCCAUAUAUAAGGAUUAAGAAGGCCACUCAAUCAUCAAACUUCACCAAAUAGCGAAACACUUCAACUCUUAAGCUUGGAGCAAUCGAUGGAUGGAUCGAUGAGUACUGGUAAUGAUUCUUCCCAAGGAAACGUGCCCUUCUCAUGGGAAAAGAAGGCCGGCGUGUCCAAGGUACACCAACCAGAGAGCCUCACGAGAGAGGAAGAGCUGCUGCAUAAUCUACCACCUCCGCCUUGCACGACGGAAGUAGGCGGCGGCGGCAAGAUGAACUGUGGAGUUCAAGAUAUUCAGAAUAUUCCACUGCCUCCGUGCGCGUUUCAGCCUCCUUUCUACAGAACGUCAUCAAAAAAGGGACUGUGGGUGCAAGACGACGAUCCUUUCUUGGCUGCUUACAGAGAGUGCACCAAGACUCGAAAACUCGGUCGCAACAAGAACAACCGUGAAUCGGUGUUGAGGAAGAGCAUGUCGUUCUUCUCCUGUAAGCGAUCCUGCGCUGUUCGGAACAAUAACUUGGUCAGGAUCUCUCACGUCUCAGUCCCACACAACGUCCAUAAAGAUUAAUUCAUCUUUGUGUCAGCCUAGGUUUUUGUCUUGUUCCAGGGCCGUUUGCUAUUCGCUGUUCUGCGCUUUCCUUCGUCUUUCUUCAUUUAUAUAUACUAUAGAAAGGAAAAUUUGUAAACAACAUUUAGACAGUGCAAUUCACGACUUUUCCAAUUUCAA